AUGACGAAAGUGAAGAGGUCGAAACCACUUUUUUUUUUUUUUUUUGGAAGGGGGCUGCAGGAGCCGCUAGUGCUGGUGGUGGUGGUGGAUUUAAAAUAUAUUAUUUUUUUCCACUUCUUUUUGUGUGUGUUCGUGUUGUUCUCUCCCUCCCACGGGCAAGGGAGAAGAAGUGCGAGACAUCGAGGAAGGGGUGUGAGCGGGUUUUUUGCGAGAGCAGUUCAGGGAGUUGUUUUCAUGCGUCGUGGAGGAAAUCUCUUGCAGACUGUCGCAGGCCGCUAUGCGGUGUGGUCACAGCUGCGGUUCAUGUCUUCAACCCCAUGUCAAUUGCAGGGAUCACGUGUUGGGCACUACCGCCCCUUCUCCUCGGAGGAUGAGGCGCAGCUGGCGGCAGUACUCACGACAAAACCUCGGCACGUUGCGCGCUACGUGCGUCAGUCGAUGCUUCAUUCCCGGCGGCGGAUCACACAGUUCCGCAACAGCGUCACCUUCUUGAUGAUUGCGCUGCAGUCCAAACUGCAAAAGGGUGAGAUUGCCCCGGACGAUGCGUUGGCGCUGGCGGAAAGCCUCAUGAGGGAGUGCGUUGACCUCCGCCAAGGAGACAUGGCGCAUUUGCUUUUUCGUGCCUCUAUUCGCUUUCGGAGGUAUGGAAUGAAGAUUGGGUUUCAGCUGGUGAAGCAUCUCUUUGACUCAUAUCGCACCGAUAACGCGAAGGAUCUUAUGAAAAACAUGGCGGAUGAACUGCGCGGCGAAGAGUCUCUCAAGAUGCUUGCAGUCGUUGCGUAUCAGUUUGCCGGAGAAUACGACGAGGCGCGUGAACUGCUUCAGGAAAUUCCGCAAGAGCGGCUUGUGACCUCGGACUACACAGCACUCAUUGAAGCAUACGGCAUGACAUCCAGGUACGAUGAAAUUAUGAAUCUUGUGCGACAACUUUUUUCUACGCAUAAAGCCAACCAGGGUUAUUUGGAUUUGGAUGCCAUCUUAUCCACAGGUCUUGUGGCAAUCCGUGGUGACAACAAUGGGAUGGAACAACUGAAGGAAAUGGCCUUGGAACACAGGGUCAGGCUUUCAGAAAAAGCCAUAGGGGCGAUCAUGCGAUCUCGUUUGACCAGCGCAAAGUCAGCAGCGGAGGUUUACAAUCUAGAAGAGGCACUUCGCCAUGAGUUGGCGGUGCAAACACUCGGCAUGGCUGCUGAGACGGCUGUUAUUGCAAGGUGCAGCGAACUCCUUUCAAGAAGUCAAAAGUCCGGGGAUGAUGUCAUGCUGCGAAAGGUGCAGCACUUGGAAAGUGUCGUGGAAGAGUGCGUGGUGAAUGACACUGUGGAUGAUAUCGAGCCGUCGUACCUGCUCUCAUUGAUCAAGGGGUAUGGUGUGUUGGGUCGUUUUGAGGAUAUGAAUCGUUGUUUUACCUCCUUGAAGAACGCGGGGGUUGUGCGAGAUCAUCGUCUUUACGACGAGAUGCUGCGUUGGUAUGCGCAUGCCUAUAAUCUAAAGGAAGUCAUUGCUCUAAAGGAAGAAAUGCAAGAAAAACAAAUUUUUCACACGGCUCAGACCUAUCAACAUGUCUUCCGUGUUCUUGACAAGUAUUACCCUCGAAUGGUGGAAAAGUACAUGAACGAAAUGCGUAAUAAGGGAAUCCAGAUUGAAUCCUUUAUGUACCCAACACUUUUGCGUGUCUUUGGGGAAUUGCAAGAUUUCCACAUGGUGGAACAACUCUACCGAGAAAUCAAGAGCAAGGUCGCGAUGGGCAACACAAACGUCUUCUCCGCUGCCGUUGUUGUCCAGCUCCUCAAGUCUUAUCAAAAUGAUAUGGAAAGAUGUAAUUCGAUCAUCCACGAAGCUGAAAAUUAUGGUCUUUUGGCAAAUGAGCUUGUGCAGGCGGAGAUUGUGCAGUUUUAUUCGGUUCAUAACCGUUAUGACUACCUCCACGCAUUGGUGUCACGUCUGCCGUACAAGUCCCCAGACAUGUACCGUGUUCUUCUUCGCGAUGCCGCGAAGCGUAAGGACCGCCGUACCUUUAAUGCACUUCUGAAAGAGAUGCAGGAAAAUCAGGUCGUUAUCAAUGAACGCAUCUUUGGAGUUGUUGUUUUAGCGUUGGGGUACUUUAAUGACUUGGAUGGGGUCAAACGUUACUUCCACGAGGCCCUUAUGAAUAAUGCGGUACGAACUCCGCUGUUUUUCGCUCUUGCAGCUUCUGCCUUUGCCCGCCUGGGUGACACGCAGGCGGUGGAUGAGUGUUGGCGUGACCUUGUUGAGUCCAAGGUGACCAUUACAAUGCCUGUGUACAACAAGUUUCUUGAUCUCUACAUGGCAAACAAUAAUGUGGAGAAGGUGCAGCAGAUACUGAACACCAUGAUGAAGCUCGUGCCGCCCAACCCCGUUACAGCCACAACAGUCGUUGAUAUGCUUGGCAAAAUGGGACGCCUUGAAGAAAUGGAGUCCGUCUUGGAAGAGAUGUCGCGGUCUACCAACGCGGUUCCAACGCAAGUGACAUAUCAUCAGGCAAUGAACGCCUACGCAAAGACUGGGGAUGUGGCAAAGAUGGAGGCCAUGCGGGCGAAGAUGAAAGAAGAAGGGUUUCAGGAAAAUCAUGUCACUUUUAACAUUUUAUUUGAAGGGUAUGGACGCGCAAAACGGUAUGAACAUAUCAAAGAGUUGGUGGAGGAACGCAGGAGCAAGCAGAUCCCUAUGGAAGAGUUUGGCUACAUGGGACUCCUCAACAUAUAUUCACGUGCUCGCAUGGUGGAAGAGACGUCAAAACUUGUGGAGGAAAUGGUUGCCAGUGGUGUGCCCUUUACAAGUCGAAUGUUGUCGGCCGUGGCAUCGAGCUUCAGCCACAUUGGUGACAUUCCGAGGAUGGAGCAUUAUAUCUCACUCCUUCUUUCUCACCCUGAAUGCCGUCAUCGGGAUGUGGAGUCUAUUUAUCUCAUCUACUCCAAGAUGCGGGACACAGUUAAACUACAAGAGCUACUAGACACUGAGAAUUUGCCUAAAACGCAGUUUAUUUACAAUGUCUGCGUUGCGGCAUUUGCGCGGUCAGGGGAGCACACCAAGGUGGCGUCCCUCCUGACACAAAUGGAGGAAAAAGGGUUUUUCCUCACACGCAAUACAAGCAUAACACUUAGCUCCCUCCUGCUCAAGGCCGGAAAACUGGAGUUGGCGCAGACGGUGCUAAAAUGGAAGGGAUGUGCUCCACAUAGGGGCGAAGAGGAGGGAGAUGAACUGGCAGCAGAUGAAUCUCAACUCCUUCGAGCUGAUAAUGAUGUCUCAUCAUCAUCAUCAUCAUCAUCGUCGCUGAUUCCAGAAACAACGAGAGAUGAAGCAGCUGCUGUUGUGACCGUCGGUGGUGGUGGUGUGACUGCAUCCUAG